AUGAGAUGGCAGGGGCGCAAGAAGCCAGAAGCGAAGGCAUCGAAAGAUAAACAACUAAAAGCCAGUGAGCGGCAAGCGAAGGCUGAAGGGGAUAUCACGGCAUCUUCGUUACCUCACGAACUGCAGCAGCUCCUGCUGAAUAUCUUCAAAGAUUCAUUCACUGAAAGACUACAAUCGGAUUUUACCCCGCUACUACAGGAGUUGAAAGGCCACUUGUUCAAUCGCGACUUCGCAACCGCCUUCGGCAGGAAUGAGUACCUGGAUAUGUAUGCGGCGAGGUGGAGUCCCAGCCGAGCGUUAGGAUACUUGGAUGUUUUGUGGGAUUUGAAAGAACAUUUUCACAUCGACCAGCACACUGCCACCGAGGGUCAAGAGCAAACAGAAACAGAAAGUAAAAACUGGAAGGUCGUUUGUCUUGGUGGUGGAGCCGGCGCCGAGAUUGUGGCUUUGGGCGGACUUAAAAAGUUGCUAUCAACAGCAGACAAGGGACAGCCUGGUGCGAAACAGAGAACGACGGAAGUUAUCGCUAUCGAUAUUGCGGAUUGGACUUCAGUCGUCGAUAACCUCGCCGACCACGUCACAACACCGCCUCCACUCUCCAAAUACGCAUCUGCCGCCGCUCAAGCUGCCAAUGUCGCAUUGAUCGAUCCAUCUACUUUCAAAGUCUCACCCCAUCAACUGGACGUUCUCAACACCAACUCUAGUGCGCUUGCACCGCUCCUCGUAGACGCCACACUCGUAACGCUGAUGUUCACACUCAACGAACUUUACUCUACCUCUCUAUCCCUGACUCAAGGAUUUUUGCUAAGCCUGACGACCGCUUUGCCCGCUGGUGCUAUGUUGUUGGUGGUUGAUAGUCCCGGUAGCUACUCUACCAUCAGCUUGAACGGUGCGGAGAAGAAGUAUCCCAUGCAUUGGUUGUUGGAUCACACACUGCUAAAGGAGGCUGAAGGCCGUAAGAAAGAGGACGACAAUGGUGAAGCAGCAAAGUGGGAGAAGGUGCACGAAGACGAGAGUCGGUGGUUCAGACUGGAUCCGACGCUCAAAUAUCCGAUCGAACUCGAGAAUAUGCGCAUGCAGCUACACCUAUAUCGGCGACUCUAG